AAUUGAAUCAAGUAUGCUCCUUAAGAAAACCCUAGUCUUAAUUUCAACCUCGGCAACAAAGAUUAACAAAAGAAACAUCAUAGAUAUACAUUCAUAAAAUGUAAAAAGAUUCAAUUUGGUUUGAUUCAGUUUAGUUUUUGAAGCUCUAAAUUUGAAACCGAACCAAAAAAGUUCGGUUAGGUUUUUUUUUUAUUUUUAUUUUUUUUUUUUUUUUUUAUUCCGAAAUAUAUUCCCCGUUUUUGGAUUGUGAUUGUGGAUUUCAGAGAUUCAUAUUCCUUGCUGCGUUUCAUUUGAUCAGCGCACACAUAGCGCUCGUAAGAUUUCAGAGAUUCUCGAAGCCCUAAAAGGAAAACCAAAAAGAAAGAUGAUACGAACUCGUUUGGUCUGGUUCGGUGUUGGGUUUUCGCUGACAGGAGCUGCAAUUUCUCACCUCGUGUGGAAAGAUCUUCUCGUCGACCGUUUCGCUCUUUCCUCUGAUGUGAAGCAAAAGUUUGAUGCUCUUGAAGGUAGAAUUGUGAACCUUGAGCGUUCUUUGUCACCAGACCCGAAUCAUCAUCCCGCUCAGGAAAAGAGCUUUGAUGGGCUUAAUAGUGGAGAUUGGACGCACAUGAACUUUGGAAGGGUUGAGGACUAGAUUUUACUUGGAGCUCGAUGAAGUUUUCGCUUGCCUCUUUGUUGUUGAUUUUCUUUGGUUUUUUAUGCUAAGUUGAACUUGAUUCAUAGAAAACAUCACAAUGUACUAGCUCCCGACGUCGAAGUCUAAAUGUGAUUGUUUUACUAAUUGCUGCUCA